ACGACACAACCGAAUCCUCUCAUCUAAGUGGGAUUUGAGAGGCUUAGUUUUGUUUACUGAAACCUUUAAAUCUGAAAACACACACACAUUAUCGUGUAAGUACUGUAUCAGUCGCACAUUCAUAAGCAAAAACAAGCUCAUUUGUUUCGUACCUUUGAAAUCUCUCACAAAAACCUACACACAACUACAAACACACAACCACAUACAGCAGUGCAGCACAAGACAAUCUCUCUCUCUCUCUCUCUCUGUCUCACUGUGAUGGGAGUAUUACAUCUGGGGUGUGAACAUAGAUAAAUAAAGAAGAGAGGGAUCCAUAGUGCUGGUGGGAUGGAGAGAGAGAGAGAGGCAUGGGCAAUCCGCCAAACGCUGACGAAAGCUGCUUAGCGCAACCAGUUGCCAUGGAUACAGUCAGGGGCAGCACCUUGUGUGUGAGAAAAAAAGAGAGGGAGAGGGAGUGAAAACCAACAGGCAAGCGUCAGACAGAACCAGUGAGGAAGUGAGAGAACACCAAGCUGCAGGACAGAGAGAGAGUGAGAGAGACAGAGGGAGCGUGAGAGAGACAGAGAGAGACAGCCAGAGCAAAAGAGUGACAGAGUGAUAGCUAGAAGAUGGAGGUUCAGUCAGAAUGCGUUGAGCCUCCUCCACCUCCAAGCGAUCCCCAGCCGCCAGGGAAGAUCAACAAAGCAGCCUUCAAGCUGUUCGGAAAACGACGCUCCGGAAUGGCUGGAUUCUUCUCUUUCAGGAACAAAGGGGUCAACAGGAACGUGAAUUCUGUGGGGGCUACUAACGAGCUCGUCAGGAGUAAAACGCAUGGCGGACUAACGAGCUUGGAACCAGACGGACAGAGAGGGGAGGAGUCCGGAAUAUCAGAGGCGGGACAGGUGAGGUCUCUCAGCAAAUCACUGAGCUUCUUUUCGCUGCUCAGACGAGGAAGUGUGAGAGUCAAUGAGAAUACAAGGUUUGGGAGAAGGGGGAGGGGUUUAAAAGGCUUCUUCAGUAGUAUGAAAUGGCGGCGGAAGGAGAACGUGAUGGCGGGGGAGGUAGCGGAGGUGAGAGAGGGGGAUGUGAUUCUAACAGAAGAAGUGAAAGACAUCACUCUGACCCUCGAACCCCAGCCCCGCCCGCCCCUGGAGGAUCAUGGUAGCUCGGAGGCUGAGAAAAACACAGAAUCGGUAGGAACCUCUCCCUCCAACAACGCCACGACACCACUUACGCAAUCAAUCGCCUUGACGACAAACCUGUCAGAAUCCCUCUAUACGCCAUCCCCCUCCCCUCUCCGCACCGUUCUCCACUCAAAACCCAAAACGUCAAUUUCCUCUGUAACGGCCAUCCCCCCUCUGGAUCAGUGUGACCCCCCCUCCGAACCCUCAGUGGACCGGCUCUGUUCAGUCCUCUUCACUGAUGUCACUUCACUCAAGAGCUUCGAUUCACUGACGGGGUGCGGUGACAUCAUCGCAGACGCAGAGGAGGAGGGGGCAGGAAACGGGGGAGGAGGAGUAGGAAGUGCUACUAGCAGUAGCACUAGUAGUGGGGAAGGAGGAGGAGUACGAAGCUCCAUUAAUACCCAUGUCACCCCUUCCACCCCUACCUCCACCUCCGCUACUGCCUCUACCCCUGGCCCGCUCCCUGCCAGAGCACGGUUGAUGCCCUCUCACUCUGCCCCGACUCAGCAGCCCUCUGGCAGCGGCGUGGUGGCCUACAUGGGGGGUGGGGAGGAGAUGGCCAGCCCUGACGGGGUGGACGACGCAGACAUGCAGGGGCUCUGGCACAUGCUCCCCUCUGGGGGAGAAAACUCCCCCACUUUCCUCCGAUCCAACUCUCACCUGGCUCCCCCGAGGGGUACAGAGCGGAAAUUCACCCAGGUCAAGUCUCUUGGACUCAGCAAGAUCCCUGUAGUGGGGGGAGGAAGGGUGACUAAACUCCCCACUCACGCCGCUUGCCAAACCUCCCUGCCCAAUGAGAAGGAGACUAAGGAGGAAGUCCCACCCCAACAGGAUGUCCCGGCUCUUAGAGAUGAGGGCUACUGGGAUACGCCCUCUGCAACCCCCACGGCAACGCCUGACAACGGCUUCCUGCGGAACCAGAGGCUUGGCCUAUUGUGUGACAGCUGCUCUGGCGAUGCGCUCUACGACCUCUACAAUGAGGAAUUGGAAAGAUCUGAUGACGAGGAAGAGGAAGAAGAUCUGAUGAGUACUCCUUCCACCUCCGCAUGUGAGUACAAACUCAGCCCUCUGGCCCGGACUACUCCUCCUUUCUCCUCCUCCUCUUCCUCUUUCCACUCGAUGAAGGGAAGCACUAGCCUUCCCCGCGAAUCCAAAAUCCCUCUUAGUGUCAGACAGACCACACCCCCUCACUCUGUGAGCCAAUCAACUCUUUCCUCUGUCCACGCAACCGCUCCUCCCUCUGACACACCCACCCAUGCCCCUCCCCCAGCCCGGACCAGAAUCCCUGUCUCCAAGGUGCCAGUCCGUCGCCCUGGGAACAAGGCCGGCAACGCUACACAGGGGCCAGCCCCCAGGAAGUAGCUUUGGACCAGGCAGCCAUGAACUUUGGUGUCUUUGGACUAAACCUGUGUACACCAUCACUGGUCUUAUGUUUAAGACAUUGCUGGACUGGUGGGUUGUGGAAGGGAUCAGACAAUGAUAGACAGAAGAGCUCUAAGCAACACUCCCAUUGGAUCCUAGUGGGUCACAACAAAACGAAAUAAACUUUGGGUGGCAAAGAAAGUUUGACAUACUUUAACCACUGAACAUAAGUGUACAACAUCUCUGGAGGUGUGUGUACAACAUCACUGGAGGUGUGUGUACAACAUCACUGGAGGUGUGUGUACAACAUCACUGGAGGUGUGUGUACAACAUCACUGGAGGUGUGUGUACAACAUCACUGGUCGUGUGUGUACAACAUCACUGGUCGUGUGUGUACAACAUCACUGGAGGUGUGUGUACAACAUCACUGGAGGUGUGUGUACAACAUCACUGGAGGUGUGUGUAUGGGAAACAUAUAUAUUAUGUGUAUAAGAAACUUGACAACUCUUCAAGUGGGGGAAGGGAGCGCACAGAAAAGUUUGGGAUCCACAUUUUUAGACAACUCUCAUCGCUUCCUGACCAGAUUUUUUCAACUCUCAUCGCUUCCUGUAAAUUUUGGUCAUAUAAAUCAACUGCAAUACACACCGCUAGGAAGGACCAGAGCACCUUUCACACUGCUAGGAAGGACCAGAGCACCUUUCACACUGCUAGGAAGGACCAGGGCACCUUUCACACUGCUAGGAAGGACCAGAGCACCUUUCACGCCGCUAGGAAGGACCAGAGCACCUUUCACACCGCUAGGAAGGACCAGAGCACCUUUCACACUGCUAGGAAGGACCAGAGCACCUUUCACACUGCUAGGAAGGACCAGAGCACCUUUCACACUGCUAGGAAGGACCAGAGCACCUUUCACACUGCUAGGAAGGACCAGAGCACCUUUCACACCGCUAGGAAGGACCAGAGCACCUUUCACACUGCUAGGAAGGAGCAGAGCACCUUUCACACUGCUAGGAAGGUCCAGGGCACCUUUCACACUGCUAGGAAGGACCAGGGCACCUUUCAUACUGCUAGGAAGGUCUAGAGCACCUUUACCUUUUCUCUUCAAGUCCUUUUUUCUAAAAGACAGAUUUUAUAUGAUACAACGUGUUUAAUCUAACAACAGUCUAAUAUAAUUAAACAGUUUGGAAUGUGUCAUCAUCUAAUCUGUAACUAAUUACCUCCUAAUCCCAGACUCCAAUCCUUAAUCUGUCAUUUUGUCAUGCCAUUUAGCAGACAUUUUUAUUCAAAGUGAUUUACAGUAAUGCAGGUGGGAGGAACUAUAUGAGGGCGGGCUCAUUGUAAAGGCUGGAAUGGAAUUAAUGGAACAGAGUCAAACAUGUUACUCUUUGGGAUCAUGUUACUCUUUGUGUGAUACCAUUCCAUUUAUUCCAUUGAGCCCAUCCUCCCACCAGUGAGUCAUGCAUGCAUAUUAUUACAUUAUUGUUUUUGAUGGGUCAUCCCAGGAAUCAAAGCCACCAUCCUGGCAUUGCAAGCGCAAUGUGCUACCAACUGAGCUACAGUGGACCACCGUCUUCUGAAACCUGAUUGGUUGUACUGCUGACAAUUUUUCUACUGCCAGUGGAUGGCUGUGAUGACAACAUUGCUCAAAUAAAUCCGAGAGAAUGUAUGUAUGUUUAUUCAUUAAGGUGCACAUGGAGAUCACAGGAUACCUCACCUUGCCAGUGAAUGUAACCAAGAAACGUCCCUAAAACAUCCUCCUUAGUGAAACAUAAACACACACAUGGUCCUCUGGACCUGAUGGACUCCACCACUCAAACGAGCAACUACUGUACUGUGAUGACCUUACACAGCCGCACUGCAAUCUGGGAAAACAGCUGCAGGUUCAAUCUCUCUGGGAUUUACAACCAUAACAAAUCAACUAAUGGAAAACUAACUGAACACUCUCGCUGCAUGAGGUGCCUGGAACACAAGGCACUAGGAUCAGGGAACACUGACACACACACACACACACACACACACACACACACACACACACACACACACACACACACACACACACACACACACACACACACACACACACAUAUAUAUAUAUAUACAUAUUUAAAUACUUUAUAUGAAUCCACCAAUCAAAUUGACAAAAAAUGGAUCCAAACAUUUCAAAGUCCCCGUUUUGCAUGGUACUCAAGGGUACAGAUAGCAGCUCCUUCUCCAAACAGCUAGGCUGCCCAGAGCAGUACCUAGCCUACUGCUUUGCCCUAGUUUUUGUCAGGCCCGCAAUCUGGAGGCCACACACUGCAAGCCUGUGUACAUGGCCGAGACUGCCAAAUAUCAGGGCCACCAGCUUGCACCUCCAACUGAGGCUGUCCAAGCGUGGCACGAGGGGCAGGUACUGAAGCAGCUCCUCAGCAAACACACACACACGCACACACACACACACACACACACACACACACACACCACGUCAAGAACUGUCUUUUGUACCAACCCUGGAUGACUUUCUUCUCUACCAGGACACAUUAAUAUAAUGCUUUUUUUCUACGGAGUACUUUCUUCUUCACUAGUUUUCAUACUCUUUUUUUUUUAUAGGAUAAUGUUUCAUGAGAUACCGCAACCAACCUUGACUGUGUCAACACCAGCUACUUAGUGGGCUUUUGUUUUUGUUUCUGAUUUAUGAAGGUGUGUGUGGGGGUGGGGUUCCAAGCUUGCCUAUGGCAUACAUUCAGGAGUAUAUUUCACCCCGCCCACCCCAAUCCCCAAAUCAGUAUUAACCUUCACCCUCCGUCCCCAAAUCAGGAGUAACCUUCACCCUCCGUCCCCAAAUCAGGAGUAAUCUUCACCCUCCGUCCCCAAAUCAGGAGUAACCUUCACCCUCCGUCCCCAAAUCAGGAGUAACCUUCACCCUCCGUCCCCAAAUCAGGAGUAAUCUUCACCCUCCGUCCCCAAAUCAGGAGUAACCUUCACCCUCCGUCCCCAAAUCAGGAGUAACCUUCACCCUCCGUCCCCAAAUCAGGAGUAACCUUCACCCUCCGUCCCCAAAUCAGGAGUAACCUUCACCCUCCGUCCCCAAAUCAGGAGUAACCUUCACCCUCCGUCCCCAAAUCAGGGGAAACCUUCACCCUCCGUCCCCAAAUCAGGAGAAACCUUCACCCUCUGUCCCCGAAUCAGGAGAAACCUUCACCCUCCGUCCCCAAAUCAGGAGAAACCUUCACCCCCCAUCCCCAAAUCAGGAGUAACCUUCACCCCCCAUCCCCAAAUCAGGAGAAACCUUCACCCUCUGUCCCCGAAUCAGGAGUAACCUUCACCCCCCAUCCCCAAAUCAGGAGAAACCUUCACCCUCUGUCCCCGAAUCAGGAGAAACCUUCACCCUCCGUCCCAAAUCAGGAGAAACCUUCAC